AUGAACCGUAAUCAUUACAAACCAAUAGCCGUAAAGACUGGCGAUUUUGUUACAGUAUAUUCUACAAUGAAUAACGAAGGGAUUUAUAGAGCUAGGGUAUCGAGUUUAGAUUUUAAAAAUACGAAUAUGGUCGAAUGUAACUUAAUUGAUUUUGGGAAAACUUAUAUGAUUCCAUCUAAAAAUAUAUUUGCAUUGCUAAACUAUGUUUCAUUAAACAAAGUACCAACAAUGAUUCGUAGAAUUUGUCUUACCGGUUUAAACAAGAUAUCAUCUUUUAAGAUAAAACCUUAUCUAUCUUCAUUGAAAGGAAAAACAUAUGCUAUGGAAUAUAAUAAACAACCUGGACAAUGGAAUACACAAGAAGUCAUAUUAAAAGAACUACAUAGCAGUGUGUCUCUUAAUGAUGAAAUAAAAAACUUAUUUUAUAAUGAAUCUUCUCCUAAAAGGACUAUUCUUCAGCAGUGA